UAAAUCGGCAGUUUGGCAGCGCAAACUAAACAGAAAUUCUUCCUGGUAAAACGGCGUCUGUUUCAUCCCCUUUACUGCGUUUCUCCACUUAGAGCCAGUGUGAGCUCUGCUGGCGGCGCAAUUCCAAUCGAAUUCUUACAUUCAAUUUCUCUAAGUCUAAGAAAUUCAAGGGAAAAUAUAAAGAACAAUGAUUCUGAAGCCUCUCUCAAUUUCGUCGAAAUCGAGGUACGUUUCUAAUAGCUCACUCUCUCGCUUCUUCUUUUGCACAAGCCCCGCCUCCCAAAACGACGAAGUCGAGGUCGUUUACCGCAUCGUUACUAGCUCUUCCUCUACCCAAAACCUUAAACAAUCAUUAAGUUCAAGUGGGGUUUUUCUCUCUAAUGAUUUGAUCGAUAAAGUCCUGAAAAGGGUCAGGUUUGGCCAUGGAAAUCCAUUGCAAGCACUUGAGUUCUUUAAAUUCACUGCAAAUAGAAAAGGGUUUUAUCACACUUCGUAUUCUUUGGAUACUAUGCUUUAUAUACUGGGUAGAAGCCGAAAGUUUGAUCAUAUUUGGGAUGUUUUAAUUCAAAUGAAGAAGAAAGAUCCGUCUUUGAUUUCUCCACGGACUGUGCAAGUGGUUUUGGGUAGAGUUGCUAAGUUGUGCUCUGUUAGGCAAACCGUGGAAACUUUUAGAAGGUUCAAAAAGUUGGUUCCUUUUUAUGAUACUAGUAGUUUUAAUGCAUUGUUAAGGACUUUGUGUCAGGAGAAGAGUAUGCAUGAUGCUAGAAAUGUGUAUCAUAGAUUGAAGAAAGAGUUUACCCCAAAUUUGCAGACUUUUAAUAUACUUUUAUCAGGUUGGAAAUCAUCAGAGGAAGCAGAGUCAUUCUUUGAGGAAAUGAGGGAAUUGGGUAUUAAACCUGAUGUUGUUUCGUAUAAUUCUUUAAUUGAUGUGUAUUGUAAAGGUAGAGAGAUGGAGAAGGCAUACAAGAUGGUUGAAAAGAUGAGAGAGGAGGAUAUAUCCCCAGAUGUCAUAACAUAUACUAGCAUCAUUGGUGGUUUGGGGUUGAUUGGUCAACCGGAUAAGGCCAGAGAUGUGUUGAAGGAAAUGAAGGAGUAUGGAUGUUACCCUGAUGUUGCAGCAUACAAUGCUGCUAUUAGGAACUAUUGCAUCGCAAGGAGGCUUGAUUAUGCUUCAAGUUUGAUAGAUGAGAUGGCGAGCAAGGGUUUGAGUCCAAAUGCAACUACUUAUAAUCUUUUCUUUAGGGUUUUUUAUUGGUCAAAUGACUUGACAAGGUCAUGGAGUUUGUAUAGGAAAAUGAUGGAUGCUGGAUGCUUGCCUAAUACACAAUCUUGUAUGUUUCUGAUAAGGUUGUUCAGAAGGCAUGAAAAGGUAGAGAUGGCACUGAUGUUGUGGCAUGACAUGGUGGAGAAGGGUUUUGGAUCCUAUACUUUGGUAUCCGAUGUGUUGUUUGAUUUACUUUGUGAUAUGGGGAAGUUGGUGGAAGCAGAGAAGUGUUUUCUGCAGAUGAUUGAGAAAGGACAUAAACCAAGCAAUGUUUCUUUCAGGAGGAUCAAAGUCCUCAUGGAAUUGACAAACAAGCAUGAAGCCCUUCAGAACAUGCUGGAGAAGAUGGCUAUUUUUGGGUCUUCAAUUCCAAUUCCUGGAGGAGAAGAGCGCCUUAGUGAGACAUUGUAGUGACUAGCAGUAACUAUUUAUUGCUUGAAAGUUGAAAUUACUGUACUGUUGGAAAAGGGCCUCCACAGAUGGCAUAGCUGCAUUGGUAGAGAGUGACAAUUUCCCCCUUAGAUGAACAGCAUUCCGAUGCAGCAAUAUGCAGUCAACAAAUCUUUUUGUUGUCUUUGAAGUAUGUUGCGCUUUUGCCUUGAAACACAUUUUGCUUUUUUGCCGUGAAACACAUUAUGCGAGAGAAGGCGGAAGAUGGUGGUCUUUUGGCACCACUACCAGCGAAAGAUAGAAAGUUAUAUCCUCUAUCUGCAGACGUCUAAUUGGAUUCUUGGUCCUGGAAAGAGAUGAAUCCCUUUACAUUAUUGUUAUUUUGCUAAUCAGUUUGUAAUUGGGUUUGAUCUUGUCUCUGUAAAAUACAAAGCAUUUGUUGCCAACAUUUAGUUGACAACAUUUAGUUGACAGUUUAUCUGUCAUCUUCUAAGUGGGCAUCUGCUUUUCACAUUUUAAUCACUUCCUAUUAUUGGAGCAUUCACUUGCUGAUUGAUUUGAUCCUGAGCUACUUCAAAUAACAUCCUGAUAAGAGGUUUUUAGCUUUCUUUGAUUCAAUCCCUUCGAAGUCUCAUGAAGCUAUAGAACUUGUAUAUCUGGUGUUUUCAAAGUUAUGUUUGGGAGAAGAGGCAGUGCUCUUGAAAUU